CCUUACUCAGCGGCCAUUUGCCUCCGCCCCUCGUCCCGUCCCUUCUCUCGUAGCUCCCCGGGAUUCGUUCGCCUCAGAGCUGCCGACGCCGCCGGUCGGGUCGGGGAGAAGAGCAGCUGCGAGAGAAGCGGGAAGCCGGGUGCGACGUUACGAUGCUGAGUUUCUUUCGACGAACACUUGGGCGCAGGUCUAUACGCAAACAUGCUGAGAAGGAAAGGUUAAGAGAGGCUCAACGAGCUGCAACACACAUCCCUGCAGCUGGAGAUGAAAAAUCUAUAAUUACAUGCCGGGUCUCAUUGCUGGAUGGGACUGAUGUCAGCGUGGACUUACCGAAAAAAGCCAAAGGACAGCAUCUGUUUGAGCAGAUCAUGUACCAUCUGGACCUCAUUGAAAAUGACUACUUUGGACUACGGUUCAUGGAUUCAGCACAAGUGGCACAUUGGUUGGACAACACAAAGAGUAUUAAAAAACAAGUUAAAAUUGGCCCACCAUACUGUCUGCAUCUUCGUGUAAAGUUUUACUCCUCUGAGCCAAACAACCUACGUGAAGAGCUCACAAGGUAUUUAUUUGUUCUUCAGCUAAAACAGGACAUUCUGAGUGGCAAGUUGGAAUGUCCCUUUGAAACAGCAGUGCAGUUGGCAGCUUACAUGUUACAGGCUGAACUUGGUGACUAUGACCCUGCUGAGCACAUCCCCGACAUAGUGUCAGAAUUCAGGUUUGUGCCCAGCCAAACUGAAGAGAUGGAACUGGCCAUUUUCGAGAAGUGGAAAGAAUACAGGGGGCAAUCACCUGCUCAGGCAGAAACAAAUUAUUUGAACAAAGCAAAAUGGCUCGAAAUGUAUGGAGUAGACAUGCAUAUAGUCAAGGCAAGAGAUGGCAAUGAUUAUAGCCUCGGACUAACACCGACAGGAGUUCUUGUGUUUGAAGGAGAAACCAAGAUUGGAUUGUUCUUCUGGCCAAAGAUCACUAGGCUGGACUUCAAAAAGAAUAAGUUAACACUAGUGGUGGUUGAAGAUGAUGAACAGGGCAAAGAACAGGAGCACACUUUCGUCUUCCGGCUGGAUCACCCAAAGGCCUGCAAACACUUGUGGAAGUGUGCAAUCGAGCAUCAUGCCUUCUUCCGCCUUCGCGGACCCGUCCAAAAAGGUUCGAGUCGGUCAGGUUUCAUUCGUCUGGGGUCACGGUUCAGAUACAGUGGGAAAACAGAGUACCAGACAACAAAGACCAACAAAGCCAGAAGAUCAGCAUCCUUCGAAAGAAGGCCCAGCAAACGCUAUUCAAGGAGGACACUACAAAUGAGAGGAAACGCUACUAAACCUGAAGAAACUAGCCUUCCAAAUAAUGUUUUCAGCCAAAACAAUGGAUCACAGCAAAACUGGACUACAAUGACCGCCCUUCCCUCUGUAACAGCAGUUCCUUCUGGGCCAGUCUUGGUCGAAAUAGAAAAUCUUCCAAGGAGUCCUGGAACUAGCCAGCAAGACAAGAAAUGGCCCCAUGAUGCUGGUGACUGCUGUCAACGUGGUGGAAGUGCAUGGAACGCGUGGUCCCCGCCCUCGGCCCAUUCAGUGGAUAGACACUACAGUGACUUUGUCCGUGAACGCAAUGUGAAGAAUGCAGGAAUGUACAAACGAGCUCUUGGUUCUGGUGUCCAAACCAAUGUGACUGACCUGUAGGACUUUUGAUCUUGAUUGUCCUCUGUGUCACUCUGAAAUAUUAAUGCUUCGAAGGACAUGGGAAGGGCAUGGUCUUUAAGGAAUUAACCCAUGUGCUGAGGCACCUGAAUAUAAACGAACAGCUUAUUGAGAUUCUCUUUAAACAGAGAUAUCUUGACAGCAAUGGUGUUAUGCUGAAAAGAAAAUAACCUUUAAAAGUUUUUCUUAAUGGGGGAAAUGGUUUAAAUGGCUUCCUUAGCUGUAACGAUAUUCAACCAAUGAAAACUAUAUUUUUCUCCAAGUGUUAAGUAAGGCUGAGCACAAGCAUUGGUUCAACUGUUCAUAACAAAUAACUGUUUUAUAUAUUUUUUAAAAAAGAGAGAGAGAGAGAAGAUGGUUACUGGCAUCUUAAUGCUGGUCCUUUUAGUUCUUCUGCACUUUUAAUAAUGUGCCUGAUUGGAAGUGAAACAGAAUUAUGCUUUUUAAUAUAAAAAUAAAAUACUUUCCAGGAGUAGGAAAGAAUGUCAAGUAGGUUGUCUGAAGAUAUCUUUUUGAGGUGUUUUGCUUGGAUGCCAAAAUCUGUUCAACAGUUUUCACUAGUAUGGCAUGAAAAUUUGCUUUGUUUCUAUUGGUAUAACCACUUCUGGUUAUAUUAUCUAUAAUUGUGUGACCAGUUCUCUUCUGCACAAACAUCAUAGUAUAAGUUGCAUUGUCAAGACCUGAGAACGGAGUUAGGCAAUCUUCAACUUCAUUUGUUCAUUAUAUUCUUCUGAAGGAAAAUGGCACCAUUUUUUUAAAAAAGGGGGGGGAUCUUCCCUUCUGGGGGAGACCAGAUCAUAUCCCAUAGUACUGUUUCCUCUUUAUACUAAUCAGGGAUGCACCUCUACUUUUAAUGUCAAGUCACUUAGGCUACAAUCUUGUGUUUCCCAGGAGAGUAUCACAGGGAUCUUGGAAUUCUUCAGAUUCCUCCUCUGAGUGCAAAGAGUCAGGUUUGCUCUUGGAGAGGGAGAUCUGCCCUCUAUGAAGCUUAAAGCUGGAACCAGAUGCAGUUAACCACUGGAUUUUAUAUUUUUAAAAGUGGGAAAUCAGACUUCGUGUGUUCCUUUGUCUCAGAAUCCCUUGGUAUAAGUUGAAAUCUGCAUUCAGUGAAAUCUUCACCUCUUUCACCAUUCCAUCUUACGCAGACUUUGUGGCUUCAACUCCCCCCACACACACACACUUUUUUUUUUUUUUUUAACAUCCAGUCUGAUGAAGAGUUCUGGAGAAUGUGACAGCUUGCUCAUUAUUUUAUAACAUUUUUGGUUGGACCUAUAAAGGUAUUGCCCAGCUGUGGAUUUUGGAUGUUUUUUUUCAAAACAGCUUUUUGUGAAUGGACUAUGGCAACUUCAAAGUAGAGCUGUAUGGCCCCUCAUCUAAUUUACAAGUGCCUAUUCUGCCCUAUGCCAGGAUGCUUGAAGAGGCAUGAUGGAUGAUCUUUCAAGGAAGAUGGAGAAAGGAAUACCAUCUGUUGGUUCUCAAUCUCUUUGGCAUUUGAUACCAAAUGAAUUCUUUAUCACAGACUCAGACCUAUUUAUUUAUUUAUUUUGCAAAAGGCAGAUAUAACUGAUUCAGAGUAAUUUGAUAAAACAAUAAAUUUUAAAAUGGGGUCAACAUAUUUUUUUUCCUUAGGUGUUUGAUACCAUCAACUAGGGUGUCCUGGAUCAUCUUCCCAGGAUCGGAUUGUUUUGGAAUGGGGGUCAUUCUUAUGGGUGGGGGGAACUGCAGCUCUGUUCCAUGCCUACGUGGUAUGGCAAUAUUUUGUUUCCCAUACUUUCUAUCACCUCCAUGAAACAUGUUUUUCUGCAGAUUUGGAUUGGUUGGUGCAUCAGCUGUAUGCUGAUGAUGCAUGGCUCAGUCUCUUGUUUCCAUCUUUUGGCCUAAGUGUGGUGGAGGUUCUAAACUAGUAUUUAGCAUUAGGUCGGGAAUGGAUGGGGGUGAACAAGCUGACGUUUAAACGAGACACUAUGAAAGUAUCGAUGCUUGGUGGUUCCAGCACUUUGGGAGUAAAGUGUUCAGAAUGUUCUGGCUAGAGUAGCUGGAACAAUUAAAAGACUGGAUUUACAACUUGGGGUUGCUUCUGGAUCUACCCCUCCCCCUUCAUGUCUGAGUUACAGCCAUAACUGCUGUAGUUGGUAAACACGGCUUGUAAGUCAUAUAUAAUUAGUGUGCAAAUCAUAUAUGGGUGGGGCAUACAGGGCGAUUACACAGGAUGUUUUACAACUGCUGGGAAGGUCUAAGAAGGCUUUCCAUUACGUAAAUUAUCUAAAAAAUCAGUACAGAUUUAUGCAGCCUUAAAUAUUUGACAAAACAGAAUUUCAAUUGGUCUCAGCUGAAGAAGCUGAGAAGUGAUGGUAAAAUUAUGUUAAGAACUGUAAAGCUAUAUGUCCCCAUAAUAACAGGAAAAAAUUGGAAUGAGUGAGCAGGUUUCUUUUAAAACAUGUAAAUAGACUAAAGAGAGAGCAAAACACUUAACUAUUUUUACAAUUUGCAUAUGCUUAAGCUUUUAAGUCCUCUUAAAAGCUCAAGUAAAAUUGUAAAAUAUGGGUAUCUGUACCCAUAUUUUCGUAAAGAAAAAACUUGUUACCAAUUGCAGUUCCCAGAAUACUUAUGGGUCACAAGGUAAUAUCCAAUGUUGUUUCAGCAGGAUAAUAUGGAGACACAUAGCUUUGCAGUUGUUUCGGCAGGAGCACACACCUUGUUUGCUCCUUGUUUAGAAGAAAAAUGUUCCUUUUUUGCUACUGUACUGUUGAAUUUUUGGCAGCAAAUCACCACUUUUUCCCAUUGCACUAAUUAUGUUGCGAAAGGGUUGGCUUACCAUGUCACUAGCUCUAGUGGUGGGACAACAUUGGAUACUACCUGACAAUAGCAUACAUUUUAAUGCAGAUUAGGGAAAACACACAUCAAUGGGUACCAAUUAGUGUGCUUCAUUUUAAU